GCAUUGUACUUAAUAAGCUUUUUUUUACACUUAGUUUGUAACUGGCGCGGCAUGAGAGGCGCUGAAACUUUGAUUCCAGCACGUUUUCUGACACUAAUAGGCCACCUUUGUGUGCUAGUUUCCUUGAUAUGGGAGAGCCAGCAGAGCGUACAGCACUGUUUACCGAGCCAGUAUCACCAAAACUAUUUCGAAACCUAUCACAGUCGGUUGGUCGCAGCAUACGCCGCGUCCAUAGUGCUCGUUCUGAUUGAACUGACUACCUUCAUACUCGGCCUUACUAUGUUCUCACCCACUGUCUCUAUGAUCUCUAUCGGUUGCCACGGGGCGGCGUGCGCCGCGCUCACAUACGGUGUGAUAAGCAGCUGGCAUUGCGGCUGGGUGUGGCCGAUUUUAGUCUUCGGAGCCGCGUUGCCUGCAGCUGCCGAUAUUAUGGCCGCCGCCUCUGCUAUAUGCGCUCUUAGACGAUAGAAUAUGUUUCCCACAAACGAGCAUCAACAGCUGACCAACAGCAGCGCGUACAAGGGUGGAUGGUCCUUCUACUUAGUACUAGCUGGUGUCGCUACUACUUUAGGCUGUUCUCUCCCCGUCGGCUACAAUAUUAGUGUCAUCAAUACACCCGCUGCGAUCAUCCAAAACUUCGUAAACGAGAGCGUGAUUGACCAUUACGAUGUGGUUGUUACGAAGAGUUGGAUGAACGUGCUCUGGUCUUCCGUAGUCGCCAUAUUUAUAGUAGGUGGAUGCGUGGGAUCUAUUCUCGGAGCUUCUUUGGCUGACAAACUUGGAAGGCGGAAAGCAACACUUCUAACGACUGUGAUUUCGGUGGUUGGCGCAGUCCUAUUUCUAACAUGCCAGGUCGCAAACUCAGUGGAGUUGCUCAUAUUGGGCAGACUCAUCGUGGGUCUUUCUGCCGGACUAACCACGAGCAUUGUGCCAAUGUACUUAGCGGAGUUGGCCCCCCUGGCCCUAGCGGGGGCGAUGGGGGUGGUGUGCCCCAUGGGGGUCAACGUCGGGGUGCUAGUGGGACAGGUCAUGGGCCUUGACGUCAUUUUGGGUGGAGUCAACGAUUGGCCAUAUCUCCUUGCCGCCUAUGCUGUGCUAGUCAUUAUUUGUAUACCGGUUAUUUUUAUACUGCCAGAAAGUCCAAAAUAUCUUUACGUAGUUAAGAGAAAAGAGGAAACUGCUUUAAAAGCGCUAAGCCGUCUCCGCGCCGUAUCCCCCAGCAUACUCACAGAAGACAUAGAACUCCUGCGAGAAGAAUCCAGAGCUGCAGAAGAAGCUCACAGCCAGCAGUGGAGCAUGCUGCGAGUGGUGCAGGAACCGCGGCUGCAGCUGGUGCUGCUGCUGACCUGCGCCAUGCAGGCUGGCCAGCAGACCAGCGGGAUCAACGCUGUAUUCUACUAUUCCGACAUAAUCUUCAGAGGCGCCGGCCUAUCGCCUAAAGGCUCACAAUACGCCACCAUAGGCUGUGGCGCUAUCAACGUCUGUACAGCCGUACUGAUGAUAAAGUUGCUGCCAAAAUGUGGACGAAGACCGCUAUUACUGGGAUCUAUUUUAGCUGCAGCUAUAUGUUUAGCUGCGUUAGCUGUGUCUAUAAAGUUUUUGGACGCCAUCGCAGGAAUGCCGUACGUGUGUAUGGCAGCCGUGUUUGCGUACGUGCUCGCUUAUGGCUUCGGACUUGGGCCCAUCCCGUACUUCAUUGCUUCAGAAAUGUUUGAAGUGCCGCCCCGCAGCGCUGGUAUGGCGUGGGGUUCGCUGGCCAACUGGGCUGGCAACUUCCUCGUUGGCAUGACCUUCCCCGUCGUGAGGGACGCCAUUGGACCUUACUCCUUCAUCAUCUUCUCUUCUGUCACAUUUGGCCUCUUCGUGUUCCAAAAAUUAUACUUCCUGAAACACGUGGCAAGACCCCACUUCAAGUAUCGCAAAUAUGCAGCCGCGGCCUCCGCUCACGACCGCUCUCCCGACAAAGCGUCUAACUAAGAGUACAACAACCACAUAUACACCGUGUUUUUAUUUAAUUCCGUUAACUUUAAGGGAAGGUUCUUUAGAUCAAAUACAAUUAAUUUCUCUAAGAAACUAGCGUCUUAACUCUUACGGUUAUCGAAUUAUUAAAAAA